UCCACCUUCCCCUCCUCCUCCAUUAUUCAUACUUCCUCCUUCUCCUCCUCCUCCUGCUGUUCCCUGAUCUGAUCUCACCCACCUUCCUCCUCCCUCUCUCUCUUUCUCUCUCUACAGUCCCCACACCAAGCAAGCACCACCACCGCCAUUACUGCACUUCUCACUCUCACUCUCCUUCUCCUCCACUGGGAAGUGAGAGCCCUCACUCCACUCCACAAUGCCCUCCUCCUUUUCCUCCACCAUCUCCACCUUCUUCCUCGUCCUCUUGACCUGCCUACCCAUCUCCUCGUCGUUCUCCUCCUCCCUCCCUGGCCGCCGCAUCCUCCACGAGCCCUUCUUCCCCCAAGGCUCCCCCCUCCCGCCGCCCCUCCCGCCGCCUCCCCCCCCCGCCCUCCCCCAAGUACCCUUUCUCCUCCUCCACCGCCACCCCGCCCCCGACCACUCCCCCUUCUUCCCCACCUACCCUUCCCCUCCCCCUCCCCCUCCCCCCGCCUCCUUCGCCUCCUUCCCCGCCAACAUCUCCUCCCUCAUCCUCCCCAGCUCCUCCAAGCCCAAGUCCGCCUCCGCCCACAAGCUCCUCCCCGUCGCCAUCGGCGUCACCGUCUCCGCCCUCUUCCUCCUUGCCGCCGCCCUCGUCGUCGUCCUCCUCCGCCGCCGUCGCCGGCAGGCCCGGGACUUGGCCGACGAUGCCAAGACCCAGAGGUCCGACGCCACCAACGGCGGCGCUGUGCCGGGCAAUGCCGAGCCCAACUCCCGCGCCCGCAAGCAGCGGACGGCCUCCUCCGGGGCCAGCUCCGAGUUCCUCUACUUGGGGACCAUGGUGAACUCUCGCGGGAUCGAGGAGCCGCGCGGCAAUGGAGGAGGCGGAGCUGCUCGCCGCGGCGGCGGCGGCGGAGGCGGAGGCGGAGGAGGAGGUGGUCUGGACCCGAGGAAGAUGGACUCGCCGGAGCUCCAGCCGCUGCCGCCGUUGGCGCGGCAGAGCCUGGCGCUGAACUACGGGAAUGGGAACGGAGACCUCCGGCCGCUGCCGCCGCUGGCGCGGCAGAGCUUUAGGCAGAACUGCGGGACUGGGAAUGGGGACCUGAGCUCGACGGCGGACGAGACGGAGGAGGAGUUCUACUCGCCGCGAGGCUCGCUUGGAGGUAGGGAGAGCUCCAUCGGCGCCGGAUCGGGGUCGAGGAGGGCGUUCGCCGCCGUAGCGACCGAAACCCUCGGCGACAGUGGCAGAAGGAGCGACUCCAGCUCGUCUUCCUACUCGUCUUCGAGCUCCGGCUCUCCUGCUCGGUCGCACUCCAUCAGCCUCUCGCCGCCCGUGAGCUUGAGCCCUCGGAGAUCGCAGCCGAAGUCCCCGGAACACGUCGCCGUCGAAGAGGAAGCUCAGGAACCUUCGUCGCCGCCGACGCAUUACGCCAUUCCGUACGCCGACGAGAGCAAGACUCCUCUGCUGUCUUCGGAAGGUUCGUCGCCGGAGAGAGACUUGCGAAAAUCAGACGGGAAAGUCCAUUCUCCGUCGCUGUCCCCCAUGUCGUGGUCGCCAGAGCGAGGGUUGGAGAAGACUCCGGAUCUGUCGCUGAGAAUGUGGACAGUCUCGGACUCCGUCGGACGCUCACCGUCGCCGUCUCUGCAUUCUUCUCCGCUGAGCAGAAGCCUGGAGAGAAGUCCGAUCGCCUCGCCGACUAUGUCCGACACGUCGCACCGCAUUGGACGGUCUCGGCUGUCGUCUCCUCUAUCGCAGUCGCCGGCCAGGGAAUCUGAGGAAAAUCGCGACGCAUCCCCGAGGAAAUCUGAUGUGUCGGCGGGAAGCUCGCGGUUUUCUCUUCACUCGACCUGCAGCUCGCCGAGUAGAAAAUCGGAGAUUAUCGAGCAUAGAUCGCUGCCGAGAUCGUCCAAUGCUUCGGUCGGCAAUCUGCAUCCUCAAUCGGCUUCUCCUGUGGCUUCGUCUCCGAAGAGAGAUUCGAGUGCUAAUGAUCAGUUUGUGCAGUCUCCUGCGAGAGUUAGCACUGGCUCGCAGCAGCAGCCGCCGCAGCAGCCUCCAGUUCCGGCAGCGUGCCACCGCCGCCACCACCUCCUCCUCCUCCCCCCGCCGCGGCCUCUGCCAAUGCAACCAAAGGCCAAGGACUUUCCGCUUCCUUUGACACCUACCGGUCAACUGAUUUCCGAGCCGCCUCGCCUGAUUCCACCGUCGAGGCCUUUCGUGCUCCAGAACCUGACUGAAGUUUCUCCAGUUCAGUUGCCACCGAUUGUCGAAACUGCAGAGAAGGCGGAGAAGAUGGACGAUACUCCGAAACUGAAGCUCAAGCCCUUGCAUUGGGAUAAAGUGAGAGCGAGCUCAGAUCGGGAGAUGGUAUGGGAUCAGUUGAGAUCAAGCUCUUUCAAGUUGGACGAGGAGAUGAUUGAGACCUUGUUUGUUGUAAAUGCCCCAAAUUCGAAAGCGAAGGAGACAACUCCGCGCUCGGUUCUUCCUUUUCCGAACCUGGAGAACAGAGUUCUUGAUCCUAAAAAGUCACAAAACAUUGCAAUUUUGCUAAGGGCACUCAACGUCACCAUUGAGGAGGUCUGCGAGGGCCUUCUAGAAGGUAAUGUGGACGCACUUGGAGCUGAACUUCUUGAAAGUUUAUUAAAGAUGGCUCCCACCAAAGAAGAAGAACGCAAACUGAAGGAAUAUAAAGAUGAUUCACCUUUCAAGCUUGGUCCUGCCGAGAAGUUUCUUAAGGCUGUGCUUGAUGUACCACUUGCAUUUAAAAGAGUUGAUGUAAUGCUGUAUGUUGCCAAUUUUGAGUCUGAAGUUGAAUAUCUUAAAAGAUCUUUUGAAACUCUGGAGACUGCAUGUGAGGAGCUCAGAAACAGCAGAAUGUUCUUGAAGUUAUUGGAAGCAGUGCUGAAAACCGGGAACCGCAUGAAUGUGGGAACAAAUCGUGGGGAUGCCCAUGCUUUCAAGCUUGACACGCUUCUUAAGCUAGCUGAUGUCAAGGGCGCUGAUGGGAAGACCACACUCCUGCACUUUGUUGUACAGGAAAUCAUUAGAACUGAAGGCGCUCGUCUUUCAGGGACCCACCAAGGUUCGAAUCCCACUUUGAAUGAAGAUGCCAAGUGUCGGAAGCUUGGCCUGCAAGUUGUUUCUGGUCUCAGUUCAGAACUUGGCAAUGUGAAGAAAUCUGCUGCCAUGGACUCCGAUGUACUGAGCAGUGACGUCAACAAACUUUUUAGGGGCAUCGGGAACAUUAGAGAAAUUGUGCGAUUAAUAGAAACAUCAGGAUCAGGGGAAAACAGCAAGAAGUUUUCGGAGACUAUGAACAAGUUCACUAAAAUGGCUGAGGAAGAGAUUAUUCGAAUUCAGGCCCAGGAAAGCGUUGCCAUGUCUCUAGUAAAAGAGAUCACAGAGUAUUUCCACGGAGACUCAGCUAAAGAAGAAGCUCACCCAUUCAGAAUCUUCAUGGUGGUGAGAGACUUUCUUGCUGUCCUCGACCGGGUAUGCAGAGAAGUUGGUUCCAUAAAUGAGCGCACGAUAGUCAGUUCUGCCCAUAGAUUUCCUGUGCCAAUUAACCCGAUGCUACCAAUUCCCAUUAAUCCAACUCUUCCACAAGUUUUUCCGGUAUUUCAUGGCCAGCGGCAGCACAGUUUCUCAGAUGGCGACAGCGCAUCUCCUUAGGCUCUCUCUGAUAUGCAAGACUCAUCGCUCUUCUGGGCAUCAAGCUAAAGCAGAUAAACCUUAAAUUUUGGAAGGGUGGAGCUGGGACAGGCAUAAGCUACCCGGUAUGUGUAAUUUAUUUUCCUCUUGUAGCAUUCCAUUUGUACCUGUAUAAAGUCCAUGUAAUAGAUUUAAAAUGGUUUUGGCCUAUAGAUAUAUGUAUACAAAGGAGGAGGUUUUCGUUGGGGGACAAUAAGGUUGUUACUAAGUUAGCUUGUAUGUUUUCGUAGGUGGUCAAAAGUUUUGUUUCAAGCGAGGCUCAGAUGGUAAAACAUCCAAAGCUCAUGUCUAUAUAUCUGUCUUCUUGUAGAAAAUGGUCAUGUAUAUGCCAGAAAACAGUUUGAAAUUCCAUUUGCUCGAAUUCUUCA